AUGUCCGAUAUAACUCCAUUAUCAACAUCUUAUUCUUGCGAUUGCUUACAGCAAUGGAGCCAUUUAAAACAUUUUUUUCAAGACCUACAAUUAAGCUUAUGGAAUUCUCAUAUGAAAGAGAUUGAAGGAUAUUUUGGUACUGGUGUAGUUUCCUAUUUUAUAUUUUUACGUUGGCUAGUAUUCCUGAAUAUUCCCCUAUUUGUUCUACCGUUUUCAUUCGUCUUUAUACCCCAAUUGGCUUAUCAACAAAGCUCCAGUGGCACUGUUUUUGAAGCUAUCGAUUUUAUUACAGGAAGUGGCUGGUUUACAAAUACUGAAUUAUAUUAUGGCUACUAUACAAACAAUAGCAUUCCUUCGGCUAUUGGACCUGAUUACGAUAUGCCUAUUGCCUAUUUAUUUACAUUUGGAGGCUGUUUCAUACUUGGCAUCAUCAUCCUCUUGCUAUCGCUUUCUAAGGCAUAUACUCAAACUUAUCAAGAAGGUUCUGGCCGAUUCCGACGCUUCUCAAGUAAACUAUUUAGCUCUUGGCAUUAUGGAGUGAUAGAUCCUUCAACCGCUAUACUGAAGCAUAAAAGCAUUUUUACCGAGUUACAGGAAGUUUUAGCUGAUGUCAAGCGUCAAGGCUCAAAGAGUUCCGUCCGAAACCUAGUUAAAAAGUUUGGACUUCGAAUCAUAAGCAAUCUAGUAGCUUUAUUACUAGUAGCAGGAUCUGGAUACUUGGUUUACUAUGUUGCUAAUAUCGGAUAUAAUCAAAUUUUACAAUCUGUUAACGGAAAAGAAAUUACCGCGCUAGUUCAACUAGCAGUUCCAGCCACGAUAUCGUUAUUAAAUAAUGUGAUACCUUUUGGCUUUACUGUUAUUGCAUAUUUUGAAAAAUAUAGUAAGCCAAGGCAUGAAUUAGUUGCAACGGUCAUAAGAACGGUGUUACUGACUGGAACGAAUUUAGUCGUGAUGAUUGUAACAUUAAUGCGAAGAUUAACUUGCGAUUUUAAACAAUUUGAAAGUGCAAGUUGCAGAGGAACGUGUUGGGAGACUGUAUUAGGCCAGGAAUUCUACAGAUUAAUAUUAAUCGAUUUCGUCUUUUUAAUGCUAAAUCCUUUCUUCAAAGAAUUCUUAAGAAGAAUUAUAGGUCAAUAUCUACCAUGUUGCCAAAUUCUUGGCAAACCAGAGUUUAACGUUGCUUAUAAUGUUCUUGAAUUAGUUUACUCUCAGGCGUUGUGUUGGAUUGGAACAUUUUACGCUCCUAUGUUAGCUGUGUAUGCUGUGGUUAAAUUAAUCUUACUAUUUUACAUCAGAAAGAUAAGCUUAAUCAAUAACUGCCGCCCAUCAAUUAGACCUUACCGAACAGCCAAGAAUAAUGUCUUAUUCAGUUUUCUACUUUUUGUAACGUACAUGAUUUCAUUGUCAUUUAUCGUGGUGUGCGUAAUCAUGGUUCGACCAUCGAUAGAAUGUGGGCCAUUCAGAGGAAAAGUCCGUAUGUAUACAAUAGUAUCUGAGCUUGUUGCUAAAGCACCACCUGCAAGUAAAGAGAUACUUUCUUAUUUGACCUCGACAUGGCUAAUACUUGGUAUAAUAGCGUUGCUAGCGUUGUUUAUCUACUAUUUCCGAACGACUGCAAGAGCUCGUAAAGGAAUGAUUCGAGUUCUAAAUAGGCAAUUGGAAACGGAACGAACGGAUAAACGAUUCCUACUUGACUUUUUACAAAAUGCUGCAGAAGAUACAGAAAUGGACGAGGAAGAUGACGAUGUAUACGACGAGAACGAAAAUGUCCUAGAAGAUGUUAGUUUAGUAUCACAAGAUGACGGAUACGUGUAA